AUGGAAGAUUAUCAAGAUGAAAAAUUGUUGUCUUCAGAAAGUGCUUUGGAAGGGAAUGACAAUAUGAAUUGGGGUAAAAUGCAUUUACAGAAUUUGGUAUCUGUAUUAUCUUCCAAGGAAAUUGAUCCAGUGGAAGUUACAGCUAUUACGAUGAGUUUGGUUUUCGGUAGCUUUGUAAUUGUUCUACCAUACACUGUUAAUCUAGUUGGCUUACCGAUAUGGAUAAUAACCUUCAUAGUUGUUUUACUGCUUGUGAGUUACUCAAACCAUUUGAUGAAUGAAUCCUGCUUAAAAAUGCUUGACGCAUGCAAGAAUGAAAAAUUGAUUAGAGCGCCAUAUGUGAAAGUUGCUCUAUUAGCUGGCGGAAAUUUGUUUAAAAAUGUAGUGGUAGGAACGCUCUACAUGAAUUUCGCAUUCUCUGUGAUAUCUCAAAUGUUAAUGUCUUCCACAGUACUUAGUGAAAUUUUAUCGAUCUCUGGUAUUUCUAAAAUAAACAACGUGAGAUUUUGGGUUGUAAUUUCAUCAGUAAGCAUUUUCCCUUUUGUACAACUUGGAUUUUACAAGGACUUAAAGCAGAGUGCUUUUAUUGCUCUGGCAAUGUCCUACUUGUCGUUAUUGUUCAUUCUUGGUGCGAGUGCCUAUCUAUUACUAACAGAUCAAAUGCUUGCAACACCUGAUAACAAAUAUGUUAAAAAACAAUAUGACAAUUUUUUCAGGACAUUUGGCACAGUGUUUUUCUCAUUAGCGGGUAUUGCGUUAGUAAGUCCUGAAAUAACUGUCUUCGCAAGAGAGCCAAAGAAAAUGGACCGCAGUAUUCUUGCUACCUAUGGAAUGAUAGCAUUUAUUAAUUUGGGUUAUUGCAUAAUAAUGCACGAAAUCUUUCAAGGCAACAUGAAGUCCACAACAACUGACACAUUGCUGCAAGCGUUUUUAUUGACAGAUGCAACACUACUGAAAGGGUGUUUAGUUGCAGUUCAAAUUGGUGUAUCUCUGCAUUUUCUGUUGGCUGCAGUUUUGUUUUUAAAUCCGUUACUGACGAAUGUGGAAGCAAGACUUGAUAUACCUGUAGAAUUUACUUGGAAAAGACUGGUUUUACGAACUUUUGGAUUGCUGGCUACAACCAUAGUAUGUCUAAUUGUACCUAACUUUCAAUCCAUUUUGUCUUUAUGUGGUGGUACGUUGUUGGUGCUCUCUACGGUGAUCUAUCCUAAUAUAAUAUAUUCAAGGCUACAUGAAAGCAAAUCUCCUCCGCCAAACUUCUCUGUAGAUCGAAUUAUCAGAGUGGAAACAGAGCAUAAGAAUUUUGUGACAAGGUACAAAGCUUUGUUAAAGUUAGAAAAAGGAACCGGGAAAGAUAGUUCGACUCAACAAAUGUUCGAGUUAAACGAAGUUCCCCUUAAGUCGAAUUUAGUCUAA